CGAUCCAUCUCUCCUCACUUCUCUCCUACUCCCUCCACCGGAGAAGACAGACCAACAAACACCUCCACUUCUACUCCAUCAGCGUGAUGUUUACACAUAGCUCCACCAUUGGCGGAGGUGGCCGAGCAUCCUAUGGCAGAGGCAUGAGCUCCUUUAGCGUAACAGGAGGAGCAGGAGGUGGUGGUGUUAGGGUCUCCCAGGCCAGCAGGAGUUUCUCUGCUGGCGGCGGCAGUAGUGGUUUUGGCUUUGGUGGUGGAGCAGGCUUUGGUGGCGGUGCAGGUUUUGGUGGCGGCGCAGGUUUUGGUGGCGGCGCAGGAUUCGGGGCAGGAGCAGCGAUGGAUGACAGUGUCAUUGGCAAUGAGAAGUUCACCAUGCAGAACCUGAACGAUCGCCUGGCCUCCUACCUUGCCAAGGUGGCUGCACUGGAGAAGGUCAACGCCGAGCUGGAGCAAAACAUCAGGCAGUUUGUUGAGACCAGGGUUGGCCCCUCCGCCAGGGACUACAGUGCCCACUUUGCCACCAUUGCAGAGCUGCAGGGCAAGAUCCAGGAUGCCAUCAUGGCCAGAAGUACUGUCAUGCUGAAUAUCGACAAUGCCAAGUUGGCUCAGGAUGACUUUAGAAUGAAGUAUGAGAAUGAGUUGUCCAUGCGUCAGUCGGUGGAGGCUGACAUUGCCGGGCUGAAGAUGCUGCUGGGAGAACUGGGUGUAGCCAAGACAGACCUGAGCAUGCAGAUCGAGAGCCUGAAGGAUGAACUGGAGUCCAUGAAGAAGAACCAUGAGGAGGACAUGGCUUCCAUGAGAACUCAGAUGAGUGGUCAGGUGAACGUGGAGGUGGACGCAGCUCCACAGGCCGACCUCACCAAGGUUAUGGAGGAGAUAAGAGAUCAAUACGAGGCCCAGGCCGCCAAGACCCAAAGAGAAUGGGAGGCCUGGUUCCAGGCCAAGUCGGAAGCCAUUGGUCAGGAGGUGGCAACCACAGAGAUGACACUGAAAACGUCAACAACAGAGGUGAAGGAUGUGAAGAGUCAGCUUCAGGCUUUGGAGCUCGAGCUGCAGUCACAGCUCAGCAUGAAAGCGUCACUUGAAAACACACUGGCUGAAAUCCAGAACCGCUACGCCAAUCAGAUGAACGCUUUCCAGAUGCAGGUGAGCAGUCUGGAGGAGCAGCUGACGCAGCUGAAGGCUGACAUGGAGAGACAGUCCCAAGACUACCAGAUGCUGCUAGACAUCAAGACCAGGCUGGAGAAGGAAAUCACUGACUACAGGGGUCUGCUGGAUGGACAGGGAUUUGGAUCUUCAGGCUCGUCCUCUUCAAUGACCACCACAGUCACCACAAAGGUCAUCGAGGGGAAAGCCUGAAAGCAGUCAUGUGUCUGUCUGACCCGGAGCGGAGUCAAAUCUUAAUCUAUCACCUGUCUGCAUGCUAAAUCACAGAGCACUUCCACCUGAUGAAGAACAUUUCUCAACUUCAUCGGGCUGCAGAUCUGAUAUUUCACACUCGUUUUCUUCUGUCAAUUAAACCAGAAUCAGGCAAAAUGUGAGGGGAACAUUUAAGUUCCCUCAAUAGUUGGGGGGGGGAGAGAACUUCACUGCUGUGCCAACAAAACUUCUGUAUGAUGCUUCAAGAAAUAAAAACUAAAACUCAACAAAAUGCAUCUGAAUAUUUAAGGAGCAGUGUUCAAAGUGACAAGUCAACAAAAACUGCAGCUUUACUUCAUCACUGGAGAAACAUUUGAACUUGGCUAACAGCCUCGAGUACGGAGCCCUGAAAAACGAGCAUAAAACAGUAAAAAGUUAUCAGACAAGUCAAAAAUUAGUUUACAAUAAAGGUUUACACAGAAUAAAAUCAAUCAGGGUUUCUGACGAAGGGGAAAGUUUGUUUUUCUUAUUUUACACAACU